AUCUGAGCGAGCGUCGUGGCGUCUAGGUACUCGUGUUUCCGGUUCGCCCUGUCAAAAUCAACAAACCUUCGUUACGUGGCCUAGCUCUCUCUGUACCCUUUUCAGGUUUCCAUCUACAAAACCAAGAGAAUGAAGGCCUUGAUUCUAGUGGGAGGUUACGGCACAAGGUUACGACCUUUGACCUUAAGUUGUGCAAAACCUUUAGUAGAGUUUGGAAAUAAACCAAUGCUUCUUCAUCAACUAGAGGCUUUGGUAGAGGCUGGUGUCACACACAUCGUGCUAGCUGUCAGCUACCGUGCCGAUCAGAUGGAGCAGGAACUUAGAAAUGUGGAAAAAAAGUUGGGUGUUAAGAUAAUUAUUUCAUUGGAAUCUGAACCUUUAGGAACAGCUGGACCCUUAGCAUUAGCCAAGGAUCAUUUAAAUAAAGACAACGAACCUUUCUUCGUUCUCAACAGUGAUGUCAUAUGUGAUUUCCCCUUUAAACAAAUGGUUCAGUUUCACAAACAUCAUGGCCGAGAGGGAACAAUUAUGGUGACGAAAGUUGAUGAGCCGUCCAAAUAUGGUGUUGUCAUUUAUGAUGCAGAAAAUGGAAGGAUACAACGAUUUGUAGAGAAACCACAGGAAUAUGUGUCUAAUAAAAUCAAUGCUGGAAUGUACAUAUUUAAUCCUUCUAUACUGGACAGGAUUCCACUGGAGCCAACUUCCAUAGAAAAAGAUGUGUUUCCCAACAUGGCCAGUGAUAGUGACUUGUAUGCCAUGGAACUCCAAGGAUUCUGGAUGGACGUUGGCCAGCCUAAAGACUUCCUCACAGGAAUGUGUAUGUUCCUUGGCUCUCUACGCCAGAAGUCACCUGAUCAGUUACACAGUGGAGAAGGGAUCGUAGGAAAUGUUUUAGUUGAUCCUAGUGCAAAGAUCGGUAAAAACUGUCGGAUCGGUCCUAAUGUGACCAUAGGACCAGACGUAGUUAUUGAAGACGGUGUAUGUGUCAAACGGUGUACAAUCCUAAAGGGGGCAACCAUCAAAUCUCACUCAUGGCUCGAAUCCUGCAUAAUAGGUUGGAAAUGUGUCUUAGGUCGCUGGGUGAGAAUGGAGAAUGUCUCCGUGUUAGGUGAAGACGUCACGGUGAAGGACGAACUGUACAUCAACGGAGGACGAAUUCUACCUCACAAGACCAUAGGCACAUCAGUACCCGAACCUCAGAUCAUCAUGUAGUCAGUUGUCCGGCAUUCAUCACAGCAUGAAUCAUACUAGUCCAUCAUCUGACUUAUGGAAAAUAGAAUGCGUUCAAUGUUAACACUUUAACAGCACUCUUGAGUGUGUGAAUUUGGACCUUUGACUGUGUUUCUUUUUUCUUUAGCUUUGAUCAUAAAUGAUUAAAAUUAUGAAUUUUUAAAUACCGGUAUUAAAUCAUGAAUUUGAGUAUGAAAAUUGUUGUACAUUUUAUAAAACUAAACAAAUAUUUGACACAAGAUUUAUGAUUACAAUAACACCUGACCGAUGUUAUGUAUUAUAUGUGCAAUUUGAUAUAAAAUUAUCAAAAUUCUGUUAAUUUAAGCUGAUAUGAAAGGCAGAAAAUCUGUUUUUAUAGGAAUUUGUUUUAGAGAAGGGAGAUGGUCUGAAGAUUAAUAGUUAUUGCAUAAUCUUUUUUCGUACACAUUCAAGCUUCAAAUAGGUUGUUCUUGAUAAUUUUCAGUAUUAUGUUUUUGUACAUUCCAGUUUGUUAUGAAUGGAAUCCUUGUACGUAAAAUGUGACAGUAUUUAUAUUUCCAACAGAAAUAAUAGGUUUUGUGGUCCUCAGUCCUUUUAGAUAAUAACCAAGACUUGAUAUUGAAUUUGUUUUAAGUAUGUGAUGUACAUAUUAAGUUAAUUCAAAUUUUAAAUUUGUAAAAUGGAAUGGGAGGAGUCUGAUGAAAAUGGUGUAAUCGACUCAUGAGACAUUUUUACAUGUACAUAUUUAAUGUGACAAGAAUUUGAUAUGAGAGUUAUUCAUGACCUAUACAGAAUACAUAUUCCUGGAUUAUGGUCACUGAUCCAAUCCCUGAACCUGUUUUUGCACAAGUUGAGUAUGUAUAUGUUUCUGACGAAGUUUAAAACAAUCCUUUUUAUUAUCUGGCUUUAUAAGAAACGUUUUGUUUACUGAUAUCAAUCCCUAUGUGCAAUCUGUCAUUAGAGAUGUUCUUAAUACACUUACAUUAUAUGUAUGUAUUAUUUUACUAGAUGUGUUGUGUUCUUUUUUUAAACAAUCAAAUUCCGUGUAAACAAAUAAUUUCUCGUCCCCCAUACAGCUGACACCAAUUGGUUGCCAUAGUUUUUUUUGUAACUUUCAUUGAAUAUACCUGGGAUUUUUUUGAUUUUUUUUUUUUUUUUCAAUGAUUAUUCAAGUGUGCAAGAAGCAAUACCCCAAGAUCUAGAAUCUUGUACCAAAUUGACAGUCUGUCCAAUCAAGGAUAAAAAGUAGUUGUUGGGGGAAAUAUAAUCAAAACGAUUUCUUAAAAAAAAAUAAUUAAUUCAUUUUAAAUUCUUAAAUCUCUUAAUAGUGGUUUUUAAUGGAGAAAAAACAUUACUGAAGAAAAAAUAUUACAAAAAUAAAAGAUCCAUAUGUAUAGUGUCAUAACAUAUAAAAUUAUCAUACAGAGGUACAGGGAUGACCACUAAUGCCUUAUUUAGGGGAAAACACUUUAGAGGGAUAGAUUAUUUUAUUUUUUCCACUUUUCUGCUUUAUGUUAUUAUAUCAUUGCUAUGAAAUCCAUAAAUGAACGAGAAACUGCUGUAAAGAGGUGAAGUCUUUGUCAGGUUUUUGUACAAAUAUAUUGUCUAUUCAUUCAAAAGUUGUGCAAAAGAUUAUCAAAAAUUAUUUGGAAAUGAUUUUCAUUCUGUAGAAAAUUUUAAUUGUACAGCCAUAUUAAUCAAAACUUUUAUUAUUAUUUUACACUCUCGCAUAUUAAUUAAAUUUCGUAUAAAAAUAAUAUGUAUUCUUAAAUCAAAUUAUUACAAUACAACAUUGGUUUCCAGUAUCAGUACGAACAGCUGUUGUGAAAAAAGCACCAAGACAAAAUAAAAAGCAUGUGAAACAAAACUACCAUUACCAGAAGAUAUUUAAUUGGCAUGGCUAGGCAAUAAGAAAGAAAGGAAUUUGCUUGUACAAAGUAACAUUUAACAAUAGCUCAAUAUUUUGUAUCUGUGCCAAAUAUUGACACAUUUGCAAGCUGAACCAGGUACAUCCUCGAUACUCCAGGCGUUGCGAUUAAAUAGCUCUCUUCAGGGGUGAGGAAAGCAUAUGUGAUUGUAACCUCUGGAGUAUCGACGAUGAACCAGAGAAUAUUCUAUGCAAUUUCUGUGUUUGUAAAACACAAGUGUUUUUAUUUGAGUGUGUUUUAACAGAAUUAUAAUUAUUUCUGUUUUUUUUGUGCCUUACAUUAGAUGUCAGAUUAUCUGCCUACAGAAAAUGGAAAUCAAUUAGUGACAUUUUAUUAGUUCAAGGGUAAUAACUGCUUGGUAUGGUUUUCAGAUUAGUGUUUUUCAUCCUGUAAGCUCAGACUGCCGACACAUAAACUUUGACUCAAUAUAUAGGAGGACUUAUUGAGGACAAUUAAAUUUUUGUUGGCAUUUUAACUGCAAUAGAUAUGGGUCAGAUUAUUAUCAACAAUUGACUUAUAUUUCGGACAUAACAAUCUUUGGAUUUUAUCCUUUUCAGUGUUUUGAGUUUUGGUAAUAGUCAGAGAAUUAUAAAUUACUAUUGAAUGUGUUCAAUAAAUAAUUAACCCAAAGUAUUAUCCAAUCAUUUUGUGAUAAUAGAUGGGGAAAUUGUACCAGCUCUGAUGAUACUGGUGGCUCAAUUAUUCAUACAUGUACACUGUACUGUAGGUAAUUUUCUAAUAUAUUUAUUUUUCAGAAUAUUUAUUCACUGCAAAACAAAACAAUAUAUUAUUAGUGUUAAAUUAUAUUUUAGAUAUGUUCAUAUUUAUUUAAAAGCGCUGAAUUAUGAUAAUUGAUAAAUACAACCUUGUGGUGUACAUGCAUGCUAUAAAUAGCGGUAGUGUUAAAUCAGAAUGAUGUAAAUGAAAUAGCUUAUGUGUCAGUAUGGAGGUAUGAAUGAUAAAUGUGUGUAGUAUUAUUCUACAUGGGUAUUGUAUACAAAUAUAUGUUGGCAGCAUUUUUAUAUUCUUGUAUACUUCGUAUCUCCUCUCACGAUGAAACCGAUAUGGCCACACACCAAGCAUAUUUGUUAAGAAAGCAAGUUCUGAACCAUGAAAUGGAACAAGGUACAUGUAAUUCAUUAUUUUUCUGAGAGUGGUAUUAUACACCUGUUUACAAUACACCUGUGCUAUUGUCUUUAGUCAUUGUUUAGGUGACCUGAAUGUGGAGGGGAUAAUUCUCCAACUGACAUUUACUUGGUUAAAACGAAUUUCAUAUUCAUUAAGAUGGAUAAGAAGCUUUCAAAUCAUAAUUACAUAAUUAAAAGUAUCAAGAAAAUUGAUGUUUUAUUUUCAAGAAUUGUUUUUAGUUAAAUUUGGGCUAUAUUUUCUAGUAGAUGCUUUGGUUAAAAUUGUAGAACUUUUAUUUUGAUGAACUGGGAAAUGUUACUUUGAUUUUGUUACUGUUCCAUAGAGCAGAGAAUCUGAAUGUGCUUGAUUAUACCUUAUAUAUAACAUGUAACAUGGCCUUGUUUAGAGAUAAAUUGGUUGUUACACUUCAAUCUCUGGUUACAUGUAUUGGCAU